CACUGAAAUGAGGCGCGCGUGUGUGUGUGUGUGUGUAUGAGUGUGUGCAGCUGACCCCGCGAGCUCAAUGGACUAGAUUCCCAGCCACGUCAGUAAAGUGAAGAUGAUGGUGGUGUCGGCUUACUGAAACAAGGGACAGGCUCGGGGAAAAAGUCGGCAGUCCCUUCUGCCUUUGUGCAAAUAUUUGACGAAUUCCGGGGACGAAAAGGAGACUCCCGAUCUGGAUCGUUUUUUCUUGCCAUAUUUGGAUGGAAAUUAUUUGUGCGGAGGCCCGCUUGAAUGAAAACGGAGCGUCUUCUCAUGAUAACUGAUCCCACCGGGAUUUUUUAUGCCAGCUGGCACUUUUUCGCCAUUGUAUUUAAUGCAGUUAAAUGUGAAAAACUCAAUUAUUUACCUGCCGCGCGCUGAUCUGCGUUACAUCGAUUGUGACGUUACAAAGUCGCAUUUUAUCGCGCUUAACAAUGCGGGGCGCGUAACAAUUGCAAAAUUUUGUUCUAAAAUUAAAACCACGCUCCCGCGGACAGUGAAGAUAUAGGUCAAAAUUUGUGUUUGCAUUGCAUGUGUGCUUAAAUAUUUGCAGUUUUUGCACAGAAGUAUUGCACAGAACCGGAGUAAGCAUUAAAAGCAAGGGAAAUCGCUGCUUCCCUCAUGCAUUUUGUUGUGUAAUGCACUUCGGACAGUGUUAAAUAGAGGACAUCUGUGUGUCAUUCACUUGCACCCUCUGUCCAUCAGACCCGUCUUUAAACCUCCAUUGAUUUGGACGUAGGCCUACCUCAUUGUAUACUCAUGAACAUACAGAGAUCCAGUCCCAUUAACAUUUCGCAUUAUGGGCGAUCGAGGCACAAAGCACACGACUUUGAAGAGCUCUCUUGCCUAAGGACUACAGAAUCGAGCCAGAGUUUCAGUCCCAAUUUAGGAUCUCCCAGCCCCCCGGAGACCCCUGACUCUUCUCACUGCAUCUCUUGUAUUGGAAAUUACCUUUUGUUGGAGCCCAUCGAGGGAGACCACGUUUUCAGAGCCGCUCACCUGCACAGUGGGGAAGAGCUCGUGUGCAAAGUGUUUGAUAUCAGUCGAUAUCAGGAGUCCUUGGCUGCUUACUUUGUGCUGGGCACGCAUGAGCACAUUAAUCAGAUAGUGGAGAUUCUUCUGGGUGAUUCUCGAGCGUACGUGUUUUUUGAGAGGAGCCAUGGCGACAUGCACUCUUUUGUUCGCACUUGCAAGAAGCUGCGAGAGGAAGAGGCUGCCAGACUCUUCCAUCAGAUAGCAUCCGUGGUGGCGCACUGCCACGACAAUGGCCUGGUGCUCAGAGACCUGAAGCUGAGGAAGUUCGUCUUCAAGAAUGAGGAUAGGAGCCUCGUGAAGUUGGAAAGUUUGGAGGACACAUACCUUUUGGAAGGGGCUGAUGAUUCCCUUUCAGACAAACAUGGUUGUCCAGCCUACGUGAGCCCAGAAAUCCUCAACGCAAAUGGCAGCUACUCUGGUAAGGCGGCGGAUGUGUGGAGCUUGGGUGUGAUGCUCUACACCAUCCUGGUGGGCCGCUAUCCCUUCCAUGACGUGGAGCCCAGCUCGCUGUUCAGCAAGAUCCGCCGUGGCCAGUUUAGCAUCCCUGAGACUCUGACGCCCAAGGCAAGAUGCCUCAUCCGUAGCAUCCUGCGGCGUGAACCGGCGGAACGCCUAACCUCUCGAGAGAUCCUGGACCACCCCUGGUUCUCAGCCUCCACUGGUACAUCGGCCUCUACUGCCCAUGGGAGGGCAGAACGUGAGUUGGAUCAAAUGGUACCAGAGGCCAACAUGGAAGAAGAACUAGAAAAGUUCUUUAGCUGAGCACAAACUCAUCAGACAUUAUGCCACGUCUAUUUAGAUUAUCAAAAAAUACACUCAAUGCAAUGGUGUCUUGUAUUUCCCAUUCCAUGGAGAAACAUGGUCAAUUCCAGAAGGGGAUGUGGAACCCCUUCAGCUAGAACUUCUGGACAAUGCAAAAGGCAUUGAGUGAUGUAGCAAGACUUAUUUAGUUUUUCCCCCUGCUGAAAAAACAGCUUGAACAAGCCUAAGGUAGUUUGCUGGUCUGAGCUGGUUUAAGCUUGUCUCCCAGCAUUGCCAAUCUGCGUUAAGAUGGUCCAACUGGUAAAAUAGGGUAAUCAAGCCUAAGGUGGUUUGCUAGUCUUAGCUUUUUAAGUUGGUCUUCCAACCUGACAAAGCUGGUCUAGCUGGUGUCCUAGCCUGGCCAAACUGCUUUAAGCUGGUCAUCGUGGUCUUCCAGCCUGGCUAUGCUGAUUUAAACUGGUUUCUCAACCUGGCCAAGCUGUUGUAAACUGGGCUUCCUAGCCUGACCAAGCUGGUUCAUACUGGUUUAACUGGUCUUCCAGUCUGAUCAAACUGAUUUAAGAUGGUCUAGCUGGUCUCGCAGAUUGGCUAAAAUCGUUUAAGAUGGUCUAUCUUAUUUCACAGUCUGGCUAAGCUGGUUUAAGUUGGUCUAUCAUGGUUUAAACUGGUUUAGCUGGUCUCCAAGCUUGGCCAAUCUGCUUUAGCCUUGUCUAGCUGGUCAGACAGCUGGUUUCCUAGUUUGACAAGUGCCCAAAACCACUCUGAAAUCAUCAACGCCAGCUUGGCUUGCCUGGAGACCAACUAACCACUUUAGACCUGUUUAAGCUGUUUUUUUCUUUCGGCAGGGUUUUCAUUUUUUUAUAUUUUUUUAUUUUCACUUUAUGUGGUGCUCACAAGGUAUACAAGUCACAUGAAGCUACAAACAUGCAUUACAGUACAGAAGACCACAGCCAAGGAGAACAAACCAUAUAUCUGGCAAAACUGUAACAACUUUCCUGUUUUGAACUCAGAUUCAUCAAAGUAGAUGACCGUGUCUCCAUUUUAAUCUAUUCCUCAAAUGCAAUUUGUUGGCUGUGUCUGUAUUUUGAUUCUUUGAUUAUAUUAAGUAUCCAAUAUCUCUCCAGGUCAAUACUGCAAAGACCUAUGAUAUGCUAGCUGAUGCUGGCUGAAGAAUUAGCCUUUCAUCCCAAACUGUAAUUUUUGUUUGUUGAUUUGUAAGGCUGCAUUAAGAGAAUUAUUUGUUUUGCAUUUAGCUGUUUCUUUUUAUCGUAUAAUUGCUGCUUGUUCCGCUCUAACCUGAACUGAAACUUUCUCUGGAAGCCUUCAAAAAAAAAAUCAAACGUCAAGCACUUGACUCGCCUAGGCUUGGAGAAUGGUCGAUUCCACCUCUCUGGCCUAGUGUCUAUUUAAUUAGUUUUUUCUUUUGCUGGAGCAAAAUGUAUCUUUUUAUUUAUAAUGUAACUACUACUAUAUUUAAAAAGAAAUACGUGCAGGGUUUUUCAUUUUCAAUAUCUUAAAAUUUGUUUUUUUACAUAAAUAAUAUAGGCAAUAUAUUUGACACAGGACAGAUUUGAAUAAAGUAUCAAAGGUUGCCCUAAGUUCGAAAGUCAAUGAUGUAACGUCAGUGCCAGUAAUUGCACAGCCCGAAAUUUUUUAUAUUUUUUUUUGCAUUUGACUCCAUUCAUAUUAGAUGAUAUUUCUGCGACUGCAUAGUCUUGAGUACCUCAUGUUAACUCUACUGCCUGCAUAGGUCUGUUAAAUGAUCUUGUUCUGAAUUGGGUACAUGUAGACAUGUUUCGUCGUUUAUCAAUGUUACUUGAAAUCGUGGUUUAUAUUUAGUCAACGGCAUGUGCCCUUUGAAUGCUUUAGCCUGCCUAGCAAGAUGGGAGUUUUCUUCCUUAAAGCAGAAUCUUAUGAAGAAUUUUGUACAAUUUGCUAGGAGUCCAGUUGCUCUUCAGAAUUUCUUUUCAGAGUUUUUUUUUUUCAUUGUGCUUUUUUUUCCUCCCAUUCUGCAGAAUUAACUGCCUACUUAAGUUGCCGCUGAAUAGGUGCUAAUUUUGAAGGAUUCUUUUUGUGUGUUAUUUUGUCCGUAUUUGUUAUUUUCUUUCAAGGGGAGGGGAGUGCAUGGUGGGAUAUCUGCCUCAAAUGCUCUGAUUGUAAUGUAACACAUUUUGGUGUUUUUGUCCAGAUUUAUUCAGUAAAUAAAUUGUGA